AUGGGAGAACUUCCCGCUCGAACUUCCGUGGUGCAUGGCGAGUCCGAAGAAGUGCUUUCGUUCCCCACCACGAAAAAAGUUUUGAGGUUGCACGGAGGCGCGAGGUUCAAGCAUGUCUCGUGCGGGAGAGUCGUUACGCUCUUCCUCGCGGUCAUCCACAUUUCUUUCCUGUCCAACGUGGCCGCCCAGGGAAGGCCUGCGCCUGAUGUCUGGGUACGAAGGGGAUCCUUUGCCUUCAUGAGCAACAUGACAGCGGAUGCACUCGCGUCGCAGCUCUGCGGACUCACUUCCUCACCCCCCCAUCCUCGUGAUAAAUUUGGUCACUUCACAUUCAGAGCUGUUGCCAAGCACCAACCUCGUGCUGCAUCAGCAUCGGGGCCUUCCGAGCAAGCCCUCGUAGAGUUGAUAUGGCGGCAAGAAGAAGCAGGGUGUGCGAGUGCGAGCAGCGAGAGCUCGGGCAACGUCGAGCUCUUGGACGUGAGGAUGGAAGGGAGAUCUAGGAUGAUCGCGCUGCUGUUUGCGGGUCAGUGGCCUUGGCCUCACAUAUUCUACUCGUCGGAGGCCUCGUUCAACCUGAAACAAUCCGACGUCCAGGUAGAUCUCUACGUGUGCUCCGGUUGUGCGUUCCAGGGGUUUCUGUUCGAGUACUGGUCAAGCCUGUGUCAAUCACAACUGCAGCCUUUCCUUGCUUCAAGAUACUGCACGCACAAAUCAUCAGAAACUCGUCAUUCUCGCCCGAUCAGAGAGGUAGCAUACACGCCCUUCCUCUUGAAUCAGCUCUCGAUACCGCAGAGGUAUUUCCUGUCCAUGAAUCUGGUGCUCGAUGAUUCCAAGGAGAAGUGGGCAAGGAGGUACAUGCUCAGGACAAUGGAGUUACAUUGGGACUCUCCUCAUCUCCACCAGGAUCCUUCAUACUUCCUAACGCUGGGAUAUUUCUUACAGCAGUUUGCGUACCUCGCUGAUAGCAAUAUCCUCCUGCUGUCCUUCAGAGCGCUGCUGACAGCGAAGCGUCUUGCCCCAGACCUUCAUGAGGCGACGCUCUUCUCUAUCCCGGUCUCGAUUGCAAUGGUUGCCUCCCUUUCCUCUCAAGUUGAAGUUUCCGUGUUGACGCAGUUGUUCCUGAUGCGAGAGGAUGUGGAGGAAGCGAUCAACCUGCUGGAAUCCUUCAGGACAAAUUCUCCUCAGCACAACAUCCAAGUGAUCCCCCCGCUCUUCUCUGCCAUAGCGGGUCUUCGGCAGGCACAGCAAGGGAAGAAAGUUGCCAUCAAGGAGGCUGCUGUCCAGCAAUUCCUCAGCAGGAUGACUUCACUCAGGUUCCCGUCUCCGGCUGUCCAGCGCCGCUCUGACAUCUCCCAGCUGGCUGAAGGACUUCAGCAUGGCGGUGGUGGCGGCACCCCAGCACACGCAGGGGAUGCGAGUGGCGGUUGUUUUGGUUCGGACCUGCUCAACGGGAACGUCAACGUGGCGGACCCUGACGAGGUGGAGUUGUUGCUGAGGAGGAUUCUCUACAUGCUGCCGACCGGAGACCAAGAGGAAAAAAUCACUUUCGUCGAUAUCGGAGCCAACACUGGCUGCUUCUCCAUGCUAGCUCUUGGCUCGCCAGAGAUCAUGGUCGCGGCAUUCGAGCCCAUCCCUAACAACUAUCGCGUGCUGCUGGGAAACAUCGCGGUGAAUGGAGUCCAGAAUCAGAUUAGAGCUUACAACUUCGGACUCUGGAACGAGUCCAAGACAGCUGAGAUGUGCGACAUGACGGAGACAGGCCUGUCGGGCAUGUCAAGGAUCUCCCUCGACCACGAUUCCCAUGAAGGGCUUUUGUGCCAUCGACUGCAGGCCCAUCUGCAGAGCCUGAGAGAAUCGCAGCCUGUACAGCUGAUGAAGCUCGAUGACAUAGUCGAGCGCGAUAGCAUCACCAACGUCAGACUGAUCAAGAUCGACUCCGAGGGGUCGGAGAUGGAGAUCCUACAAGGGGCAAGGAACCUCCUCCUCCGCGAUCGUCCCGAGAUCUUCGUCGAGGUCGACAUGGCGAGAGAGGCCGACGGCGAUGGACCGGUCUCAUCGUUCUUGACAGAGAUGGGAUACUCUAUCGGUAUAUGUGGAUCCCUUGCUUGCUUUCAUCCUUCAAACUUCAUGGCAGAGAGUCGAUAUGGACCCUCCAACCUUCUCUUCUCACCUUUGCUCGACACGUAG